AUGCUGCAACCUCGUCUCUUGCCCAAAGUACUGGAACAAAUCAACACGGAUGGAAUCAAGACGACCAUUCUGUGCAAUGUCAAUGGAUCCUUGAUCAGCUCGAGUUUGUCCACAUCGGCAAAACAAAUUCCAUCACCAUCAUCAGCUCAACAAACUUCCAAUAAUAUCACCUUCUCCGAACAACAAAUCACCUACCAACAACGUUUACUUCCUUCCCAAAUCAAACACAUGGAUAAAUUAAUUGCAGCCAUUGCGGCCAAUAUGUGGCAUUCAUAUCAGAAAGCAGGACGAACGGCUUUCUCUCCCGUCGAGUACGAUGAAAAUGGAAAUAUGAUUGGACAAGAGGACGAUGAAAAUUUAGAGGAAGAAUCGGGUGGUACACAAAAACUGAAAACACUUCUAGUGGAUUGUGAAUAUGGACGAUUAGCAAUUUUGGGAGUGAGUAGAAAUGUGGUGUUGUGUGUUUGUGCAGAGAAGGAAGUUCCUUUCGGAUCGUUGAAUAAGAAGGCCCAAGUGAUGAGAGACUUUUUAUCGAGACCCUUCACGAUUGUUGAAGAAGCUGUAGACGAGGAAGAGGAGGAAGAAUAUUAA